GGGGGCGGGGCACAACGAGGACCAUCUCCAACGGUUUGUGUGUCGUUUUUUUCAUGAGUUGUCGGGUGUCUCUGUCAGUCAUACGGCUAGCCCUACCCCGCUCUCCGAAUCCAAUAGCGAAGCUUGUGUUUCCGACUCUCCGAGCAAGCAGACUCCUAGUCCGUUUUAAAUCGGUCUCCAGCGAAUCGACAUUAUUCAGCAUGCCUGAGCGGAGGCCCUUCGUGCGGUUGCCCACUGACGUCUACCCCGUCAACUACGGGCUGCGCCUCAAGCCCGACCUCAUCGACUUCACCUUCGAGGGCAAACUGGAGGCAGCCGUGGAGGUUACACAAGGGACAAACCAGAUUGUGAUGAACUGUGCUGAUAUAGACAUAAUUACUGCUUCUUUUGUGCCUGAAGGGGGGGAAGAAAUUAACGCUACAGGAUUUAACUAUCAGAACGAGGAUGAGAAGGUGACUCUUUGUUUCCCCAGCACUCUGCAAAAAGGGUCGGGAUCGUUGAAAAUAGACUUUGUGGGAGAGCUGAACGACAAAAUGAAAGGCUUCUAUAGGAGUAAAUACACGAUUCCUUCAGGAGAAAUCCGCUACGCUGCUGUCACACAGUUUGAGGCCACGGACGCACGUCGAGCUUUCCCUUGCUGGGAUGAACCCGCUAUCAAAGCCACUUUUGACAUCACCCUUAUCGUCCCAAAGGACAGAGUAGCCUUGUCAAAUAUGAAUGUUGUUGAUCGAAAGCCAUAUCCAGAGGAUCACAGUCUGGUGGAGGUGAAGUUUGCCACUACACCCAUCAUGUCCACCUACCUGGUGGCGUUUGUCAUUGGCGAGUAUGAUUUUGUGGAGAGUCAGUCAUCAGAUGGUGUGACGGUCCGUGUGUACACUCCUGUUGGAAAGGCAGAGCAAGGGAGAUUUGCACUGGAGGUUGCUACAAAGACCCUUCCGUUCUACAAAGACUAUUUCAGCGUUCCUUAUCCGUUGCCUAAAAUUGAUCUAAUUGCUAUUGCUGAUUUUGCUGCUGGUGCCAUGGAAAACUGGGGCCUUGUUACUUACAGGGAGACUGCUCUGCUGAUUGACCCAAAGAACUCGUGUGCAUCGUCCCGGCAAUGGGUCGCCCUGGUAGUUGGCCACGAGCUGGCACAUCAGUGGUUUGGGAACCUGGUUACUAUGGAAUGGUGGACUCAUUUGUGGCUAAACGAAGGCUUUGCGUCUUGGAUCGAGUACCUUUGUGUGGACCACUGUUUCCCUGAGUAUGACAUCUGGACCCAGUUUGUGUCUGCCGACUACACUCGGGCUCUGGACCUGGAUGCGUUAGAUAACAGCCACCCUAUUGAGGUUGAUGUCGGUCACCCUUCAGAAGUGGAUGAAAUAUUCGAUGCCAUAUCGUACAGCAAAGGGGCCUCUGUCAUCCGCAUGCUGCAUAACUACAUCGGCGAUGAGGAUUUUAGAAAGGGAAUGAAUGCUUACCUUUUGAAGUUCCAGCACAAAAAUGCAUCUACUGAGGACCUAUGGGAGUGUUUGGAGCAAGCAAGUGGGAAACCUAUUGCUGCAGUGAUGAAUUCCUGGACCAAACAAAUGGGAUUCCCUAUUAUAGUAGUGGAUCAAGAGCAGCAUGGCAGUGACCGAGUGCUGAAAAUCUCUCAGAAGAAGUUCUGUGCUAGCGGACCACGUAAUGAUGAGAACUGCCCCAAUUGGAUGGUUCCCAUCAGUAUCUGCACUAGUGAGGACCCGAGCUGCACCAAGCUGGAGGUCCUGUUGGACCAGCCUGAAACCACAGUUAACAUCACCAACGUUGCACCUGAUCACUGGCUCAAGAUUAAUCCAGGUACCGUGGGAUUCUACAGGAUCCAGUACAGCUCUGCCAUGCUGGAAAGUUUGCUUCCUGGUAUCCGUGACCUCACACUGCUGCCUGUGGACCGCCUGGGUCUGCAAAACGACCUCUUCUCCCUGGCUCGAGCAGGUAUGAUCAGUACUGUGGAGGUGUUGAAGGUGAUGGAAGCAUUUGUGAAUGAGCCAAACUACACGGUGUGGAGUGACCUGAGCUGUAAUCUGGGUGUUCUGUCCUCUCUGCUCUCACACACCGACUUCCACGAGGACAUCCAGGAGUUCAUCCGAGAUCUCUUCACCCCUAUCGGCAUGAAGCUGGGCUGGGACAGUAAAACCGGAGAGGGGCAUUUGGACGCCCUGCUGCGGGGUCUGGUGCUGGGGAAGCUGGGUAAAGCGGGGCAUAAGGCCACACUGGAGGAGGCUCGGCGGAGAUUCAAAGAACACGUGGAGGGUAAACAGAUCCUGCCUGCAGACCUCAGGAGUCCAGUAUACCUAACAGUUCUGAAGCACGGAGACAGCACAACACUUGACACCAUGCUCAAGCUUCACAAGCAGGCAGACAUGCAGGAGGAGAAGAACCGCAUCGAGAGAGUGCUGGGAGCCAUUCCCGCCCCUGACAUCAUCCAGAGAGUGCUUAACUUUGCCCUGUCGGAGGAGGUUCGUCCCCAGGACACGGUGUCUGUAAUCGGGGGCGUAGCUGGAAGCAGCAAACAGGGGCGCAAAGCUGCAUGGAAAUUUGUUAAGGACAACUGGGAAGAACUUCAUAACCGUUACCAGGGCGGCUUCCUCAUAUCAAGACUCAUCAAGCUGACAGUGGAUGGGUUUGCAAUAGAUAAAAUGGCUGCUGAAGUUAAGAGUUUCUUUGAAAGUCAUCACGCGCCAGCGGCCGAGCGCACGGUACAGCAGUGCUGCGAGAACAUUCUCUUGAACGCCGCCUGGCUCAAGAGAGACGCAGACACCAUCCACCAGUACCUGCUGCAGCGGAAAGCACCCCCCGUCUGACCUCUGAACUCUGACCCCUCCCUGACCUGCUCACUCACUCCCAAAUGAGCAUCAUCUGGCUAUCUUCAGCAAAAACAGAAACGAUUACAAAACUGCAACUCCAUCUUAAGAAUUACCCAUGAGUCAAUAAAGAGAAGUGAGACUAGGAAACAAGAAGGUUAUUCACUCUUGAGUGUGACGUAGUUCCCCAUUCUGCCAGCGGGAGGCGCAAGUGCUCUCGAGCAGAGCUGUGACUGAAAUCAAGAGAUUCUCCAUCUUAUUUUAUUAUGAGCCUGUAAUGCAUGUACACACGUGGUUCCCUCAGUAUGGCACUCCUCUCAUACAGUGGUAUUAUUACGCAAUCAUCUCUCCUUCCUUACAUUCACAGAUAGAAAAAAACAAGCAAGCAUGACAUUGAUAUGCUCCGUUUUAAAUGUGUGUUUUCUUUUGUUCUGUACAAACGACAAUCUCCUCCUGUUUUAUCAGUAAUGGCUAUAUACGCGUUUUACCCAUAAUCCUCGGCGGCGUGACUGGGCAGAAUGGGGGUUAAAGGUUGGGCCGCACUGGUGACUGAACAGACUCUAUGGUAACGGCUCUGAAUCCCAUCGUUAGUAACGGUUAGGACUGAAGACGCAUAAGCAUGGUACUGUGUGUAUAUUGUAAACUGCGAGCAUUAGUUCUGAGACCUUCAAUUAUUCUCAAAUGUGAUUAUAUAUACAUAUGUAUGAUCUCUGAUCUUUGCCCUUGUCUCCUGUAUGUCACUAUCGCCUUUUCUGCAGCACUUCCGCUGGUGUGUACCUCCAGAAACUGUGAAAGAAAUGAACACAGUGGAUGAUAAAUUACAACAGUGUCAUUAGCAUGCUUGUGAACUUGCUGAAAUCAAAAAUAGCAUUCGGGACUAGUUUGGGACCCAAAGAAAUCAUGAUUUUCAAACUCCGAGGCCUUAAAUUGGUGAACCUGAUUUGCGUAAAUGAUCAUCCGCUGAGAUGCAGUGGGCUCAUAUUAACAUUGUUGAUCAGCAAACCAACAGACACAGAGUUCACGAUCAUCAAAUUCUGUCUAAAUCUUACCCUGACGUGCUUUUGUUUAAAAUACAAUUGAUGUUCAUUAAAGAAGAUGAGAAAAAAGAUAAACAACGGGCACAACUGUAUUGUGGGAAUGCUGUGUUGGAUUUGUACAUGUGAGGUAUGACUCUUCAUGCUCUUAUAUUUGUGUGCAUUUUGUAAACUAUAUACACAUACAACAUGUAUCCCUUAAAUGUAGAAUAUGCCAUAGAGGUCCACGCAGUUCAAAUGAACUCAAUCAAAAACAUAUCACUUGUAAAUAAUGAUUUAAAUCAUGUGCAGCAGGUACAGUGGGAGGAAAGACCAGGACUUUGCUCAGUUUUGGGCACUGAAGCACAGAUGAUGAUGAUGAUGAUGAAUGUUUACCUGUGUGUGAAUAGGUUGAUGUUGGGAGCUUGUGUUCACUGUGUGCACCAUGCAGCCUGACUGACUAUGACCGCAGACUUCAAACAUCAACGAUCGUGACGGUCUGAUUUCACAAGAUUUUCAUUACAGUAUUGCCGGAGAUUACAUAGAAACUAGGCAAUAAAGGAAAUCACAUCUGAUGCAAGAGAGAAA